AUGAAAAGUCUUCAGUUUUCGCUGCUGGUCGCCAUAUAUAUGGCUGUACUCGGAAUUUGUAACUGCGAGGCAAGAGUUUGGAGGCCCCCUCCGCCACCAGGGCGAAAUCCUUUUGAUUUCAAUCCCUCACCAUUCAAUCCGAGCAAAGGUUAACUGAAAAAAAUAAUAACUAAAUGCAAAAAAAUAAUACUUAACUCGUUAUUGUAUAAAUUAGCACUAUAACUUAAGCUGAUAUUUUUCAGACACUUCUUAACCCUUUUUUUGCAAGUCCUAGACAAGCACAAUUUAAAGCCCCCACUGUCAGUCAACAAGGGCUUUUCGUAAGCCUCCCAGCCACAUCCUAUUCUCCUCCACAGCCCGCAAGAAUGACAAAGAAGAUAUAUUAAAGUGGUUUUUAAUCA